ACUCUGACCAAAGGUAAACUCACCCAUAGAGAACCAAACAGUAUGAUAAGCAGGUAAACGCUCACAGUGGCUGUACUCCUGCAGCUUUAAUCGGACUCGGGUUCCCUGUGACAAGUUUGCUCAUCAGCUGUCACCGUUUCGUAACUGACCUACUUAACUUGCAGCAGAGAAACAACGAGGGUGCGUUUGUUUGCUUUUGGAGCGAAUAGAGGAGCAGGGUUUAAACAGGAGCUUGUGCGCGCAGUGUGCAGCUCAAUACCUGCACAGGUAACAGGAACUCACCUGCAGCAGCGGUAGGCGCGGUGCCACAAUGGCUGAAGCUGCGGGGCUCGGCUCGCUGUCCGCGGGGGUCCGGGCCAUGUUUUUCAUGCUCACACCGAACGAAUCAGCUUUCGAGAAAGUGGAAGAUGUUCCUCAGUAUGUGCAGCAGGCCACUCCUUUCUUUGUAGGGCUGAUGGUGCUGGAGCUGGUGGUGGGCGUGCUGAAGACAGGAGGAUCAGUGGUCCCCCUCGGGGAUGGACUCACCUCCAUAUCUGCUGGAAUGAUCUCCAGACUCCCUCUGUUGGUCAUGAGAGGCUGUGAGCUGACUGCGUACAUGUAUGUGUGGGACCGGUACCGCCUGGUGGAGCUGCCCUGGGACUCCGCCUGGACCUGGUGGUUCAGCUUCCUGGGCGUGGACUUCUGCUACUACUGGGUCCACCGCUUCGCUCACGAGGUGUCCAUCCUCUGGGCUGCCCACCAGGUUCACCACAGUUCAGAGUACUACAACCUCACCACCGCCCUCAGACAGUCCCUCACCCAGCAGUUCACAUCAUGGAUCUUCUACCUGCCCUUGGCUCUGGUUGCACCCCCUGCGAUCUUUGCUGUUCACAUACAGUUAAACCUUCUCUACCAGUUCUGGAUCCACACAGAGCUGAUCAGAGACCUUGGACCUCUGGAGUGGGUUUUCAACACCCCAAAACAUCACAGAGUUCAUCACGGGAGGAACCUUUACUGCAUUGACAAGAAUUAUGGAGGAAUUCUGAUCAUAUGGGAUCGAUUAUUCGGUACCUUUGCUCUUGAGUCAGACAAAGUGGUGUAUGGCCUAGUGUUCCCUAUCAACACCUUUGAAAUCCUCUAUGUUCAGUUACACUACUAUUUGUAUUUGUGGAGAAGGUCCAACACCUACAAGACAAUCAGCAACAAAUUGUCAACUUUCGUCAAAGGUCCAAGUUGGAAACCUGGUAAAUCUCGAUUAGGUGACCACAAAGACAAUCCCAAGGUUACCGGACAGGAAGUGCCUCACAGUCCCAGCUGGUCGCUGCCUUUACAAGUUUAUGUGGUCAUACAUUUCCUGCUGGUGCUGUGGACUUACCACGAUUUGUUUGAAAAGAAGAUGAUGCUGUCCCAGUUAACUGUUCUGGGGAUGACGGUCUACAUUCUGCUCACUCUGACCGCCCUGGGAUACAUCAUCGAUCAGAGGCCAACAGCGGCUGUUUUGGAGACGCUCCGCUGUGUCGUCAUGGUGACAAUGCAGAGAUACAGCUACAUGACGCCCCUGCUGCCUUCACUGGCUGUGGCCAUGGAGGCCUUUGUCUCCCUCUCUCUGCUGUACUGGGCCCUGCAGAGCUUCUCUCAGCUGCUGAACAUCAAAAAGAAGGCAGACUGAAACGGACUGAAUUAUUUCUGCUGAAGUCAUAAUUAUUGACAUAAUUCCUUGUUGCACAUUUUAAUAACACUGUAUUCAACCUUUAUAUGUGACAUCCAUUAGCUUGACUAACAGUUGUUUCAGCUUCUGCUUGAUUCACGUUUUACUUUGUAUGUAUAACUGGUUAUGGUCUGUUCAUAACUGAAGCUUUAUCAUGUAAAUUAGCUAUAUGAUGCUGAAGGUGCUUUCUAUUAAAUGAUACAUUUUUGAUAGAUUUCAGUGUCAUUUUAAAGUAGCACUGUUGUAACAGAGGUGCUAAUUGAAGUUUGAAUCAGUUCAUAUUUUUAUGUUUUGCCUGAGCCACUGUGUAAACAUUUUAUUUCUUUUGCCUUUACUAUGCAACAUAUACCUCUUAUGAAACAAAUGGUGCAAAUACUGUUAAUUUUACCUUCACACUCACACAACACUGUACAAUAUAUUCAAUUUCUCUUUUCAAUAAAACAUUUGUAA